AUGGACGCAGACCUAUAUGAUGAAUUCGGAAAUUACAUUGGCCCAAACAUAGCGUCAGAUGAGGAGGAAAUUGAAGAUGACAGCGGUGGCGAGGAUGAUGGUGGUGAUGAGGAGACACCAGAACAAGCAAUUGAUCACAUCGAGAAGCCCGAUGAAUCCCUUGCCUCUGCCAUGCUUGUUUUGGAUUCCAUGUUUUGCAACAAAUUUCUCCGAUAA